CGGAAAACAAACCGAGAGAACGAAAAAGAAACAGAAAGAAAAAGAGAGAGAGAAGAGAGAGAGAGAGAGAGAGAGCGAGAGAAAGAGAGAAAGAAAGACACAAAGACACAGUAAGACAGUGAGUGCGUGCCUCUGUCUCUGUCCUGUUCCACGAUGGGGUUCACCUCCAGCGAGGCCAGCGACCUGCUGCGUAAUAAGUUUGUGGUGGUUCUGGGAGACUCCAUCCAGCGGGCCGUUUAUAAGGACCUGGUUCUGUUCCUGCAGAAGUCAGACCACCUGACUGGUGAACAGCUGCGUGCUAAGUCUGAGCCGAGUUUCGAGCGGGACUGUCGGCUGGAGACCAGCGAGCAGACCAAUGGCCCGGAGUUCCGCGAGUCUCGCCAGUUCUGCGAUCACUUCCACCUGCUGCGUUUCCACUUCCUGACUCGCGUCUACAAUGACUAUGUGGAGGAGAUCCUGAAGGGAUUCCUGGCUGAACCCCUGCCGGAUAUCGUCAUCAUUAACUCCUGUGUCUGGGACAUCUCCAGGUACGGUGAAGACUCCAAGAUGGAGUACUGGAGGAACCUUGAGCGUCUGUUCACCCGGCUGAGGGAGGUCCUGCCAGCUGACUGCUUGGUCAUCUGGAGCCUGGCCAUGCCCCUUGGCUCCCGGCCCAAGGGGGGAUUCCUGCCCUCUGAGCUGCAAAAGCAGUAUCCACACCUGCGCGAAGAUGUGAUGGAGGCGAAUUUCUACGUGGCAAAGCUGGCUGCAGCUUACAACCUUGACGUGCUGGACCUGCACUUCAGGUUCCGGCACCGGCUGAGUCAGCGAGCGCCAGACGGGAUCCACUGGGACCAGCGGGCUCACCGCACCAUUACCCAGCUACUCCUGCAUCAUAUCGCAGAGGCGUGGCACAUCCAUCUGCCCCCGCUCAAGGCUUCAGUUCCGGUGCCACGGGGAGUUGGUCCCAGAGGAUCAGGCCCUCUCAGAAGGAACGUUGCUGUGGAAAACCACUUCACAUCUGACCUGCCUGAGUCCUUCCUGGGGUACAUGAGUUUCAGGGAUGGACCUGGACCUGUAGUUCCGGUGCCACGGGGAGUUGGUCCCGGAGGAUCAGGCCCUCUCAGAAGGAACGUUGCUGUGGAAAACCACUUCACAUCUGACCUGCCUGAGUCCUUCCUGGGGUACAUGAGUUUCAGGGAUGGACCUGGACCUGGACCUGAAGUCCUGGCGCCGUGGGAAGUUGGUGGCCGAGGACCUGCUCCUCACAACCGGAACUACCUCAGACCUGACCUGCCGGGGCCUUGUCCACCACCUGUGAGAUUCAGGGACGCCCCUGGCCCUGACGGAGCUGCUGCUGACAGGGCUUCUGCCAUGGGCGACCCUCAGCGCCUGAAUGGUCCCUGGCCACCGGUGUGCAACAGGCGCGUGAUGAGGCGACGAGCGCAGGAGCCAUACAGCUUGGCUCAUUGUGGUCGGCCAGUGUACUCGGGCCGCAGGGGCUCCUCCCACUGACACCCUUGGACAUGUCCUAUGCAGGGAGGAAUUGUUGCUGUGUGUGUGGGGGGGGGGUGGUGGGUGGAAGAGAGCCAUUUUCAGGACCAAAGAAAAAGCUGGCUUCUGUUGUGAGAUGCAGCC